GGCAGACGACCUGACUUGGGGUUUUGGCUUAAGCUCCGCCGGUUCCGCAGCGAGCAUGAAGCCCAUCAACUUGUCCUUCGCAGCCUGCGGCUUUCUGGGCAUUUACCAGUUGGGGGCAGCCGCGGCAUUUCGUAAGCACAGCGAGACGCUCCUGAAAGAUGCCAAGGCUUUUGCUGGCGCUUCUGCAGGAUCCUUGGUCGCUUCUGUCCUACUGACUGCGCCAGAGAAAAUCGAGGAAAGUAGCCAGUUCAUCUAUAAGCUUGCUGAAGAAACCAGAAGGCAGUUUCUUGGGGCAAUGACCCCCGGUUACGACUUCAUGGCCCGACUGAGGAGUGGAAUGGAGUUGAUUCUUCCUUCCAACGCCCACGAGCUAGCCAGGAACCGCCUGCACGUAUCCAUCACCAACACCAAGACCAGAGAAAAUUACCUGGUCUCCAAUUUUUCCUCCAGGGAGGACCUCAUUAAGGUCCUCCUUGCUAGCAGCUUCAUACCCAUUUAUGCCGGACUGAGACCAGUGGAAUACCAAGGGCAGUCUUGCAUUGUGAGAAAGUUCAUGGUCAAAACUUUUUGUUGCACUGCAAAGAAACCCAAAGCAAGCUAAGUCACAGAAAGAUAAAGGAAAGAGGAAAGAAUUACUGUUUGCUGUACCGAUGUCAUCCAGGAUUGGCUGGGAAACCUGGCUACGGCAGCUAAACUGAAAACCCAUGCGUCACCUAUCUUUAGACAGGUCAUUCACAAAUGGCCAGCAAGACAGCCUCUGUCUGAGAAGAACUGUAUUCUUCCGGACUGACACUUGCUGGGCGUGGUGGCUAUCUGAGAUUUUAUUUCUUUUGUUUCUAACGCACGUCUGAGAGAAAUAUCCAAGAGAGAACCCUGAGUGGGUAUGAUUGGGUCCUCUGCAUCAGCUUAGUGCUGUCAUGGCUCCACUUAGGAUUGUGUGUUCAUUUCUUUGGUGUGAAGUGUCCCGUGUCUUCCAACAACAUGGACAAAAAAGCAAAACCUCACAUCUUCUUAGAAAUUGACUUUUUCUAAGACAGAGCACUAUGUUAUCCAGUAAUUCUACUGGCAGAAUAUCUCUCUGUGGAAGGCAUCCUUGUCCAGUUUUAUUGUGUGAGUGGUGUACUGUGUACAAUUUAGCAGGGCCGGCCAGUCGGAUAGUGAUAGAAAGUGAAAGUGCUGCCCUGGAUACUGAGCGAGAGCCACUUGCACAGAGUGGUGAGCUCAGCAAGGCAAACAGCAAGGAGUUGAAGACUAGCAAGACUUGGGACUAUACAGGAAAUUCUGUAACCUGCAACUUUAAAUGGUGGUCCAUGGAAAAAAAUUAGUAAGUUAUUCAAUACUGACCCAGGAGAAACUUUCUUUUCAAGUCGUGGUCCAUGAAUCAAUCAGAGUGCAUCCCAUGGGUGCUUCUUAAAGAGUGCAGAGUGUAGUACUCUACCC